ACGUGCUGAGGUGUAUUACCUAAUAAAAAGAAUCAUGACGUCAUUGGCUAAGCAGUUAGAGAGGUUAGCAGUGCCACAUACGCGAGCUGUGUAUGGAGAAGAUAAAAGGAGGAAAUCACUCCUGUUUGAUCCCAGGGAGGCAGCAGCACUGGACAAAGAAGCUGUCUUUGCCAUAGGUACAAAUGGGAUAGCGGAGUUACAGGCCAUUGAUCCAGUGUUUGAUGAGUUCCAAGAGAUUUUGUUUGGGGAAUCUACCAUGUCCUUCCAGAGAAGCAUUCAAACCGCUGAAGUUAAUGCACAAAUAGAUGAAACUAUUGAAUCAUUUCUACAGAAGUUGUCUCCCUAUUGUCUUCUUAAACCAGCACAGAAAGCAUUAGAGUGGUUAAUUUACAGGUUUGAUAUUGAUGUGUAUAAUAUUGAUGCCUUCAUGGUUUGUCUGCUACCAUUUCACGAAAGCAAGAUAUUUAUACGAGCUGUACAGCUUCUGAAGCUUAAAUCCAAAACAGCCACAAAAUGGGAUUGGCUUCUCCCUAUUCAGUCCUCUGGUGUUCACCUGCCAAGACAAACUUUGAUCAAUCACUGUAAUUCAAAUAUCGGAUUCCUUUCCUUUUUGUGUGAUAAAAUCUACAAAACCAUCAAGGGAACAUUAAAGAGAGACGAAGAAGACAAGUUUAGAGUUAUCUUCUCCUUCUACAUGUCCACGGUGGUGGGGGUACUGGAGUUUGGUGGUGCCACUGAGAAUCUGGUGUCUUCCCUGCUCCCCCACCUUAGCCGGGGUCUGAAGUCCAAGGUCGCGCAGUACAGAGCUGCCACCUACAUGAUACUCGGUCAGCUCGUCUUCAAAAGUAGUCUACAACAGGACCUGUUAAAAUCCCUGCUCUCCGCUCUCUUCAAGAGGUCAAUCUUGAAACUUGAAAGAGAAACAAUGACUUGUGCAGCACUGAUUUUUCAACAUCAGAAAAUUAAAAGUCUCCCAGCAAGAUCUUUCAAACACAUCUGUCGACAGCCAGGGUUGAUAGAGACCCUGAAAACUCUGACGACUGAAGGUUGUUGUGAUGGACUAGCCUUGGCCUUUUUGGAGAGACUUGUCGUUAUGGCGGUUCAGCAGGACUCGGACAUGAGUGCCAGUGAGAGCAGUGACUCGGAGGCGAUCUGGAGCACCCCCCAAUAUCUGAGUAUCCUCCAUGAUUUCUUGUCUAGUGUGCCACUCAGUGAGGGUGUUGCAGACCAACUCACAAAGGAAGUCAUGGAAAAUUAUCUUCUCAGUGCCAAUAACAUUAUUGAUGAUGAAGGAGUGGAGGAACUAAGCAACAAACACAAAAAGACUGUGCAACUUCUGGAAGACAGGUACCCUGCCUCACUAGAUAGGGCUGUACAGGAUUUGUUAGAGGGAGAGGAGGAUGAGAGAGUAAAGAAGAUGAUCCAGGAUUUCCUGAAUCUCUCCGUUCUCUCUCUGAGACACCAGCAUCUGUCUGACAUGGACGGCACGCUCUCUCUGUCCAUUAACCAUAGAACGCCAUCCGUCCGAGUCGGUGCGGUACAAUAUCUACUGAAAAACAUGGACAAAUGUGACAGUGAGUAUGUAUCAGAGGUUUUAUCAGCAAGACUCGCUGACGACUCACUGGAAGUUGUGGAUGCUGUUCUUGAAGCAGGGCAGUCCCUGUGGAGCAUGUUGAGUGAUAACACUCGGCUUUGUCAGUUGCUGUGUAAUAUUGUCCUGAGAUGUCGGCCCUGGUCAGACAUUGGAAGUAAGGCCCUCCAGGUUCUCUGUAGCUGUGAUCCAAAUCUACAUUCUUCAGUCAUUCUUCAUCUGUUUCCACGACUACUGCUCUGCACUUCUGAUGACCUUGACUUUCUGAAGGAUCUGUGUGACACAGUACUUGCCAAAAGUAACCCCAUGAUCAAGUCAAUAGCUCAAAAGUUGAAGAAGAAGUCAGUUGGCAAGAAGAAACAGUCAGCGGAAGAUGUGGCGGAGCUCUCUAUAGAGGUGACAGAGUGGUUGGCUUCAGCUGUGAUUAAGAUGCCAGACUGUGAGGAUUUUCUGUCUGAGUUAGAGGGGAGGGGUGACAGCGCUCGCUACAAAUGUCAUCAAGCUCUGUUUCUCAAUGCAAUCAUCCCACUGAUGUCUGAACAGAAAAACCAGAUCCAGUGGUGUGGUAAACAACUUAAACUACUUCACCAGCUACGACCCCAAGGUCAGCCAAUGGUAGACUGGGAGGAGGUCAUCACCAUGGUAACAGACACUUGUCAAUCCCUAGUGGCCAAUCAGACACAGGGGAACUCCAUAAGCCUGUAUCUGCUGUCCAACUUGAUAAAACUUCUCCCUUCCAUCAAAAUUGAUGCCGAGUUCUGGGACUUUGAUGAUGAUGCUCUGAUCUUGUCUGUGAGGCUGUUUGAUUACCUCCUUCUUCUGUCCAAUACCUCCCCCUGCAGACAAGCUUACAGGAAGCUGGUCAUCCAGUUCCUACAGCAUUUCCCUGACAGUAAUGACAAACUGAAAUUCCUGGGACUUUUGUGGACACAACAUUGUAACGAUCUCAGUGAGAGGUCAGGGGUCAAGACCAGUCUACAGAUUCAAGCUCUUCUUAUUGGAAAACAGCUUCUGCAGCAAAGUGAAAAUAUGAAGAUUACAGAUACUGUGAUUGUAAAUUUGGUGUUGGCCUUAACCAGUCCAUUUGUUGGAAUUCGCCAGACAUCAAUGGAGUGUUUAAAGUUUCUCACUGGUAAAGGUAAUCUUGGUCGCGGGGCUUUGACACCAUUAGUGAACCACAUCCUGCAGUGUGAGGUGGAGAUUGAUGCAGAUCAGGGCUAUCUAAGACAGGCUGUGAGUUCUGUUCUGGACAGUGAACCGAGGAAGAGUAAGAGGAGAUCUCACUCCGGCAAGGUGGACAGCAGCCUGAGGUGUGUGAUUGUGGACGUUAUACAGAACCCAGACACGCCUCACUACAUCAGGAACAGUCUACUGCAGAUCACAGCGCUACACAACAACAAAAGUUUCCUUUGUGACCUUUUACCAACCUUGAGGUCCCUGUUGUCUACCUGUCACGGUGACAGUCCCCCGGCCCUGGCUGUAGAAUCCUGUGGGUGCCUUAUUCAGCGGUUCACCCCAGACACCUGUUCCACACUGGACUCCCACCCUGCAGCUCUGAACUUAGUCCUGGAGAUGUUAGCUAGCCCAGUCAAGGAGAUACAGGAAAACAUGAUCUCACAGGUGACAGGAGACUUUUAUAACAAGCUGAGCCCAGAAACCCAGCAGCAGAUCCUGUCCUGUUUGUUUGAUGUCUGGGUGAAGGCCCCAGGUCCAGGGACAGUCAAAGUCAUCAGGAAGACACUCAAACAUUUGACGCUGGAGAGCAGCCAUGUUGUAGAGGAGCUGAACAAAUGUCUUCAAACGUCACCCUCAGCUUUGACCGUCAAGGAACGGAAAAAACACAGGAAGUCUGAUGUUCAUAAAGAAGAAGAAGACAUUUUUGAACAAUUGCCAUGGCAACGAGUGGUGGUUGUCAUGGAGACAAUUCAAAGCAAAAAGAAAAUCAGCAACUAUCUCCAACUGCUGCCUACUCUAUUUAAAAUACUUUCUGAGGUGUUGAAUUCAGACCAGCACUCCUCGGCUGAAUACAUCAAACAGCUCCUGUUGUCUGUGGUUGAUGAAGUGUGUCAGAAAGCCGUCAACCAUGACCUGAUACCAGAUUUGAAGAAGGAGACGUCGUUUAACAUUGAUCUGAUUGUGAAUGCCAUUAGGACAUCAAGUAAUCCACAGACCCAUCAUAAAGCCCUGCUGCUUCUGACCACCGCCUCCAAAAUAUUCCCAGAGGAUCUUCUGCACAAGGUGAUGUCAGUGUUUACUUUUAUGGGAGCCAACAUCAUGCGUCAUGACGACCAGUACAGUUUCCAUGUCAUCAACCGUAUCCUGGAGACGGUGGUGCCAGCCUUAGUAACGGCCUGUGAGAAGCGGGAGGCCCACACUGGAGGUCAGAGUAAGGAGGAAGUCAUCACUAUGGUGAUGCAGGUGUUUGUAGAUGCCUACUGCCACAUUCCUGAGCACCGCCGCCUGAUGCUGUUUACCCGCCUGGUGGAGAUCGUGGGAGGAGACAACUUCCUGUGGAGGUGUGUCUUGCUGAAAAUGACACAGGAAAUCACGCGACCAACAAUAGAAAAAGUAGAGGAAGAAGAUUCUGAGGUGCAGUUUGACUUGAAUUUGUUGUCACAGUUCUCCAUCACAAUACAAAUCAACUCCAUAGCAGCCAUGAUAAACUACGUAUCAGAACUGCCAGUCGACAAACCCACAGAGACAACCAAAAGAAGAAAAUCUGGAAAACAUUCACUGGAAAAAGUUGGCAUUUUCCAAGUGGAGACCCACACAGCUAAACAACUGAGGCAUUUCAAAUUUAGAACAGUCAAGCUUCUCUUGUCCUGGUGUGUCAGUCCUACUCUUGUUCAUCAGUUGUCAGCCUGUGAGGAGGGGGAGAUAACCUCGGGCUUCCAUCACCUGAUCCAGACCAUCCUGACCUACAUCUGUAGUCUGAUGGAACUGAAGUCAGAAGACCAGACUCUGGCCAAGUUCUACCGAGCCUUGACCCACAAAAUGUACGACCUUCUAGACAAGGUGGUUGGUUUACUACCAGAGAAAAUGUUACUGAGGGUGAUAAAGGAACUGAUGGAUCACUCCAUCCCUAACAUCCAGAGGAAAUCCAUGGAGCUCCUCAACAACUUCCUACUGCAGAAGGAACAUUCGGAGGAUUUGAGUUUAUUGGGAGUUGUGGACAAACUUCUAAAAGUUUGUGUAUCAGAAAAAACAGAGAUGACCACAAAACAGACAGCUCUAUACAGCCUCAAGUUAUUGUGUAGGAGGAUAGGAGCUGACCAUCCUCAGAUGUUUAUAAAGGUGUUGAGUAUGGCUGUAGAGAUUUUCUGUUGUGAGGGAGUGAACCAGUCCCUACAGGCCAGCGCUCUGCUGUGUAUCUCUGAGGUCUGUAGUACGCUGAAGGCCCACGUCAUCGCCCACCUGUCAACGUUCAUGCCAAAAAUCAUCUCCUGUCUCAAAGACAGACAACUCCUGGAUGGGAAUGAGCUUUUCCUGCUGAGUAUAAUAACAGCUGUUUUGAGAGUGAUGGAGAAUUUGUGUUUGUUUCUCAGUCCUUAUCUACAAGAUAUUGUAACACAGAUCUGUUCUCUCUCUGGACACCAGACUGAAGUGUUACAGAAAGCCAGCAUACAACAAAAACUGAAAGCCAUUAGGACCACCAUAGCCACCAGUCUGCCCCCUCGGGUACUCCUCGGGAUUUUACCUGACUGCUAUGACAGGCUUCUGACUGUGAAUCCUAAAGGAAUCCAGCCAAUGAUGGCCCUGCUUACAGACCAUGUCAGUCACAUGAAAAAGGAGGACCUCAACAGUCACCUGGUGCAGCUACAGGGAUUCUAUCUCACCUGUCUGGAUGUACAGGCACAAUACCAGGGAGAGGUGGAGGAUACAGAGGAUUCUGUAAUAGAUGCCAUUGUUGCCACAGUGAUGAAACUGUCAGAGGCCACGUUCAGGCCCAUGUUCUACAAGAUGUUUGAUUGGGCUACAAGAGAAGAAGAAUUAAAGCACAGAAUUCUUGUCUUCUAUAAAAUGGCUGACAGACUGGCUGGGAAGAUGCAGAGUCUGUUUACUAUAUUUGCUGGACACAUUAUUGUUCAUGCGGCUCAAAUUUUAAAAGACAACAACAAAGAAAUGACAGGUGAGGACUACUUUGACUCCAGUAAGCUGGGUAAACACAAGGCCCAUAAGUUACUGGUUUAUAUCUGUGACUGUCUGUACAAGUGUUUCCUGUACGACACCGAGGGCUUCGUCACUAAGGAGAGAUUCGAUACUUUACUACAAGCUCUAGUUGACCAGCUGGAAAAUGUUGAUGAUGAACCUUUAUCCAAAGAGAGAGUGAGUGAGCACCUUGUUCCGUGCCUCGUGCAAUUCGGUGCAGCAACCCAGGACGAUUCACUGUGGAAAACUCUGAACUAUCAGAUACUGCUCAAGACUCGGCACUCGUCAUCAGCGGUUAGAUACGCAGCUCUGAUUGCAGUGGACGAGUUCCAUAAGAAACUAUCUGAGGACUACAUGCCUCUCCUACCAGAAACAAUACCAUUCCUGGCAGAGCUAAUGGAGGAUGAGGAGGAAGAAGUGGAAAAGAUGUGUCAGUCCGUCAUCAGUCAAAUGGAGAAGACGCUGGGAGAACCGCUACAGAAAUACUUCUAAUUGUCCAACAGAGGACUCAAACUUCAGUCAAUGGUGAAAUACUGGGAGCACUGUUACAGAAAUACUUCUGAUCAUCAAACAAUGGAUGAAACAUUAUUAAACUGAGAAAACACUGGGAGAAUGGCAAAAAAAUACUUCUGAUUGUCAAAA